AUGGGAGGAGCCGUCAAAUUGAAGGCUUCUUUUACUAUACUAAGAACUCUUUUUGAAUUAUUAAUCUUCUAAGUCUAGGUCAUUAUAUAUCACAUUUAUUUUAUCAACUGUCUCCUUAAUGAACCAUGGAUUCAGAUAACCUAGAAUAAACUGAUUUAAAAAUCUAUUUCUGAAAAUUAAGAAUAAAAGAUUUAAUAAGAUAUUCAAAGCAAGUUCAAAUAGAAUAACUACUUCUAAACGUUACCAAAUUUCUAUCUAUUGUUAUUCUCUUUAUAUCAAACUACAAUCCUUUUAAGUUGA